CGCAUCUCGCUUGGUCUCCGCACGGCGCUGUGCAUUUGGCGUUAACCAACACGGAAGCGAGAGCGCGCUUUCCGCUCGCAGCUGCGACCGACGUGUGGACGCGCGUGGACGCGCGUCGCUCACCGGCGGGCUCGAGGGGGCGCGCUCCGCGCGGUUGGGUCGUCGGUCACUCCGCAGGCAGCUUGAACUCAGUCGUGCGCGUUCACGGCAGAUAUUCGGAGAUGUCGGCGCCGUCUCCGCGCGCUUCCUGCCAGAGAGAAAAGUAUUUUGUCUCCUAAAAGAAAUUCAACGUUAGGGAAAAAAUGUUUCGAUGAGCCGGCGCCCGCUAUCGAGCUUGGACGAUCAGACGACCCCGUGACCCUUUCCUCCUCCGGAACGAGUUGCUCGCUGCGGCCCCCCCCCCCCCCCCCCCGUGGAAGCCGGAGUCGCCAUGGAGACGGUGGUGAUCGUGGCCAUCGGGGUGUUGGCCACCAUUUUCCUGGCCUCCUUCGUGGCCCUGGUGGUGGUGUGCAGACACCGCUACCGCUAUCCUCACCACCAGCUGCACCCCUUCGACACCAAACCCACGGUGGAUCUGAUUGGCGCCAUGGAGACCCAGAGUGAUCAGUCGGAGCUGGAGCUGGAUGACGUGGUCAUCACCAACCCACACAUUGAGGCCAUCUUGGAGAACGAGGACUGGAUAGAGGACGCCUCUGGAUUGGUCUCUCACUGCAUCUCAAUCCUAAAGGCAACUGCAUUUCUUCCUACAGCCUUUCUUUCCAUUUUUGGUCUUUAGUCGGAUCCACUGAUUCCAUCAUAUCAUUUCCACAUACAGAUCUGCCACACUUUGACGGAA